CCAGCCCGUGUGAAAUUGUGGCUAACGUCGCUACGCCCGCGUGUCUGCGGAUUUGAUCUCGCGACUCUGGAACCGUGGCAGGGUUGGCGGGCGACCGACUAACUCCAUAGCAAGUGUCUGUCCGUAAAGAGUAGUAUACAAAACCUCAGCCCUUCCCCCGACGCCGCUUCUCUCUCUUGGUCGGUCUGUAAAGAACAGAGAAGGAUACCAUGCCGCGAACCAGUACUGUGGAGUGCCCUGGUUGCCCUCCAAUCAGAGCCUUAACUUUCGAUGUGCUUGGCCUGGUUAAAGUUGUUGAAUCUCGUGGGAAACAAGGAAUUCCAAAGGUGAUCGAGAGAUGGGGCGAACCCGAUUCUUCACGCUGCGUGCUUGCUGCUUCCAUCAACGACCGUAAAGACGACCCGUUGCUGGCUGUUGCAAGGAAAAAUGGUCUGAUUGAAGUUCUUAAUCCUUUAAAUGGGGAUGCACUUGUUACAAUAACCAAAGGUGGUGAUGGAGGUCUUCAUGUUCCUGAAGAUGACCCUAUCGCGGGACUGCAUUUACUUAAGAAAGGGAGAUUGGAGUCAUCAUCCAGGUUAUUCACAUUGCUAACAUGUACGAAGAAAGGAAAUGCAAGCCUGAAGUCCAUUGGAAUUACUAAUUCACUUUCAGGGUCUUUGUGUACUUCUCCAAAAACAUGGAGUAUAUCUGCAGUUGGUGAGAUUUUUUGUUCUGCUGUGGAUGGAAGCGAAAACCAUGCGUUAUUUGGAGGGAAGGGGGUUGAAAUUAAUGUCUGGGACCUUGACAAGUCUAGUAAGAUUUGGACUGCAAGAUCUCCUCCAAAAAACAGCCUUGAUAUAUUCACUCCAACUUGGUUUACUGCUGCAACGUUCCUUGAUAAAGAGGAUCAUCGUAAAAUUGUAGCUGGGACAAACAAUCAUCAGGUUCGCCUUUAUGACAUAUCUGCACAGAGAAGACCUAUAAUUUCAUUUAAUUUCAGGGAGUCCCCAAUUAAAGCUGUCACAGAAGAUUUGGAUGGCUAUACCAUCUAUUUAGGAACUGGCUCUGGUGACCUUGCUUCUAUUGACAUGCGCACAGGGAAAUUGCUGGGAUGCUUUGUAGGAAAGUGUUCUGGAAGUAUUAGAUCCAUAGCUAGACAUCCAGAGCUCCCGGUGAUUGCUUCAUGUGGAUUAGAUGGCUAUUUGCGCUUCUGGGAUGUUAAGACUCGCCAACUUCUCUCUGCGGUGUUCUUGAAGCAGCAGCUCACAAAUGUUGUGAUUGAUUCAAAUUUCAUUGGAGAAGAAGUUUCAGGCAUUGUAGUAGAUCCACUGUCAAAUGUUGAACAGGAGACAAAUCAGACCCAGGUCAAUGAGGAUGGACCACCGCCUGUGAAAAGAAAAAAAGCAUCUAAAGAAAGUGAAGAAAGAAAAAAGCCCAAGCACAACAAGAAAAGCAAAGUGAAAGAUAAAGAUCAUAGUACAUCAUCGCCAUUACUGAAACCCAAGAGAAAAAGCAAGAAGAGUGCCAAAGAUAAGGAUGAUGAUGGGUCAUAAUGGAUUUCAGUAACGAUUUCUUUUUAAUGAAGUGGAUAAUACAUGUGUCAAACAUCAAUUUUGGCAUGCAUUCCUGAUGAGCAGGCCGAACAAGAAGCUAUACAGAUUGUCAUGUCAUGGGCAGAGGGGUUUUUUCUGUUUUUUUUUUCUAAAUAGCUGUAUCUGUUUUUUCCAACUUGGGGUACAUUAUGAGUUUAAAGAGGGAGAAAUGGUUUUUUUUUUAUUAUUUUUAGUUAGUAUUCAAGAGGGAGAAUGGCUGAGGUAUUAACUAUUAAGAUUUGGUAUACAUGCCUUCGACUUUGUUGAAUGUUUAAUUUUUGUAACCUCAGAAGUCUGAUGAUAAAUUACUUGGCUAUCAAUGUGGCACAAUUCAUGGAGGAA